AUGGCUACACAGCAGGGUAGAGAGCCACCAGAAUUGCAUUUAUCACCCUCAACAGUGUUCCACACCCUGUCAAGGGCACCUCUUGUUAUUCCUGUCUAUAGCAAUAUGCAGCUGACCAUGAUGGUCCCCAUUCGCUGCCAUUAUGCAUCCAAUCCCGACACGUCAUAUACCAGAUAUGUGCGUGAAUAUAUCGUGUCGUCUUCACCACCUACCCUUGGUAAACUGCACCAUCAUCACAUCCCACUGCUGUCACAGGCUGAGGGGGACAUCCUGACAGUGGUACAUCCACUGUUACGACCAAGCUGUGGAGACAAGAUGAUCAAGCUCGACUUCACUCACAGUCUGUUGGGUGUGCGUGUUUUUAGUCACGAUGGCUGUGUGAAUGAAGCAGCAAUGAACCUGCCUCUUCCAUCACUGGCCAUUGUCCAUCCAAUGCUUCCAUGGCCAGUAGUCAUUCAUAGGUUGAGCCAUCAAGAGUGGGUGACAGUUGCCGACAUCGUCGAGAACCUGUGGUAUGCUCUGCAGAUACCCAUCCCCCUUCAAACAUCAUCAUUGUCGCUACUCCUCGAAAAUCAGGACAACACGCCCUUUACCAGCUGUUGUAGCAUGCCAGAUGGGGUGGAGCAAGAAGUAGUCCCUAGGCUGGUGUAUUUGAGGGGAAAGACACAGUUUACAGGUCUCCGGGCUAUAGGAAGCGACACAUGAGAGUUACUGGUUG